UUUGUACUCCUUGUAGGUUCACAGGCUGCAGCGCGGGAACAAGAAACUGCAAAUGUGAGGGUAAAAGUUUGUGGAUUAUCAAGACAAACAGACAGCUAUGGACCCAUCAGAGGUAGAGUUCCUUGCUGAGAAAGAGAUGGUGACGAUAAUACCGAAUUUCAGUUUGGACAGGAUCUAUUUGAUCGGGGGUGACCUGGGUCCCUUCAACCCUGGACUGCCUGUUGAUGUUCCUGUGUGGCUGGCCCUUAACCUGAAACAGAGACAGAAAUGUAGGAUUGUUCCUCCUGCAUGGAUGGAUGUUGAGAAACUGGAGGAGAUACGAGAGCUUGAGAGGAAAGAGGAGACCUUUACUCCUGUUCCCAGUCCUUACUACAUGGAGCUGACCAAACUGCUACUGAACUAUGCGUCUGACAACAUCCCAAAAGCAGAUGAGAUCCGCACGCUAGUCAAAGACAUCUGGGACACGCGUAUUGCCAAACUCCGCCUCUCCGCCGACAGCUUCAUCAGUCAGCUGGAGGCUCACGCCAAGCUUGACAACCUGACUCUGAUGGAGAUCAACACCAUACGAGCGUUCCUCCUGGACUCUCUCAACUGUAUGUACAAACUACGUUCUAAUCUGCAGCCCAGUUCAAGUAAGGGACAGUUCAUGGACUAUUGAUCCACAGGAUCAAGGCUUGAUGCAAAGGUCUCCCCCAAAAUCCAAAGCCUCGGACGAGUCAUUUGAUCAGCCUUGGACUGAGGCUUGUGCUUACUCACCAGGCAUUUCAUUACUCAAAGGAAGGGUUUCUCAGAAAUUGAAUUCACAAGGUUAGUGUUGAUGUCUGUCUGAAGCUAACUGAGUUUUACUAAACUUUUUUAAUUUUCUUUUUCUAUUCUCUUGAGUGAGACAUAAGUUGUUCUGUACAUAUGAAUUGCAUCAAGUCUUUAUAUGUAUCUGCUCUUUGAAAAUGUGCAUAUUUAAUUUAAUUUGCGAUGUUCGCUGUAGUUUAGAAAAUAAAUGUAUUUGUGUACUUCUUCGUAUGCAAGUAUACUCAUUUACAAAACAAGAUGUUUUUCACAGAGAGCUUUUUGACAGGCAUUAUUCACUUUUUUAGACAUUUUAUAGAGAAAACUAUCUUAAACAUAGUAGUUGCUGUGGUUUGUCAUAACAAAGGAACGACUGUGUAAGUCAAUUUAAGGACUAAACACUGAGCUCGGCGGUUGUAGAAUGUGCUGUUAAUAUCUAAAUAUGGAGUAGAUCCUCCUCGACGAAGUUUGCCAUGUUGGGUUGUUGGUAAUCAAAUACCGGUUUCGACAUAGAGCCAUCCAUUUUCUGCGUCGGCCACUAUAGUUCUCUUAUAUGCUUGGCAUAAUGUAAAAGUUUCAGUUCUGCAACAUCACCACUAAAUGUGACUAAAUUCUACACACGGACCCUUAAGUCCAAGUGGGACACCUGCCCUGCAUUUGACCCAUCCUAAAUAUUUGGGCAGAAAUAGACAUUGUCCCAGGUGCAGGUAGUUUUCUGAUGACCUUUCCUACGCUGCCCACCGGCUCGAAGGCCAGAAAGCAGCCUCAGAAGCAGAAGGCAGAUAUUUGCAGCCUGCCAAUUUUGGAGAGAUUGUGUCUUACAGUUUUUGCUGCAUGAACACUUUUAGUGGAGAAAAGUAAUAAUAAAAAGAGGAAGAAAUUAAAUUAAAUUAAUUCAAUUUUUUUUUCAAUUUACUGCACUAUGACUUUUUUCAGAGUAAAGCAUGGUUUUAAAACUCGUACUAUAGUACCUUAAAAAUGUAAACAAUUUCAUUCUAUUGUAUGCUGAAA